UUGGUUCCUGCCCCGCACCCCAUCCAUUUGACGAAACGGUGGCGCUGAACACUCCCCUCCUCUCUUCCCUGCGUCCUCUCCAUCCUCCAUUUCGUUCCUGACUCUUGUCACUCAUGUCUACUGAAGUCUGUGAAGAGUACAUCUGCUUUCUUUCUUGCUACUUCUGGUUCAUAUUCAGUGUAAAGUUACGGUAUUUCACUUGAUACAAGUUAACUCACUGGAUUUCUGGUGCUGAUAGUGCCUUGAAGUUGAAUGUGAAGGAGUUGUGGUUGUUCUAAUCGCCAAGACUCAAGUUCUAUUGUCCUUCCUGUCAAAAACUCACACACCCAAGCUCUUCGGCAAUUUGGUGGGUGUAUCAGCUCAGACUGCUCUUCGCUUGGGUUUUCUCGAGGACUCUUUCUCAUUGGUCUCGUACACGACUUCUCAUUCUGUGGUUUGUUGAUAGUGUACACCUCUUUCUGUGCUUGGACGAAGAUCCUCUUCUCCCAAUACUGUUGUCUGAGUGCUGAAACAUCUUCCUUUGCACUCAGACAAAGAUCUCCUCCUGUGAGAGACUCUUAUCCUCUCACUCCCAACUGACCUGGUUUCUCUCUCUCCUUUCUGUCUUCUGUUCCUUCCAAAUUUCCCCUUUGAAAACUGAGCCAAUUUUCUUUUUGAUUGAACAUUCAAUUCACCUUGAGUUACUGUCAAGGCUUCUCCUUUCAUUUACUGAACUAUUUCUGCUAAUCUCCUUGUUGAGAUCUUGCAAUAAUGGCACAAACAUCCCUUCCACCUGGAUUUCGCUUCCAUCCAACAGAUCUUGAGCUUUGUUCGUACUACUUAAAAAGAAAAAUCAUGGGAAAGAAACUGCUUGUCGAAGCUAUAUCAGAGGUUGAGCUGUACAAAUACGCUCCUUGGGAUCUUCCAGAUAAAUCUUGUCUCCAGAGCAGAGAUAUGGAAUGGUACUUCUUUUGUCCUCGUGACAAGAAAUAUGCAAAUGGGUCUAGGACAAAUCGUUCAACACCAUUUGGAUUCUGGAAAUCUACUGGGAAAGAUAGAACUAUUGUGCUUAACACUCGCAUUGUGGGGAUGAAGAAAACAUUGAUUUUUCAUGAAGGCAAGGCACCAAGAGGUGAUCGAACUGAUUGGGUGAUGUAUGAAUAUCGAAUGGAAGACAGUGAACUGGAUGUUGCUGGCUUCUCAAAGGAUGCAUAUGUAUUGUGCAAAAUCUUCAAGAAGAGUGGCCUUGGACCAAAAUUAGGGGAGCAAUAUGGAGCUACAUUGAACGAAGAAGAAUGGGACAAUGUAAAUACUGAAACUGCGUUCCCUCUGAUGCCUUGUCCAUCUUCAGAAGUAGUAGGUGCUACUAACGAACCACCUUGUCAGCACACUGUUGCUUCCACUUCUAGUGUCGUGAAGGAACCACAUGUCCUCACUGUUGCUUCUGCUGAUGGAUUACCAUUUGAGUUUAGUACUAGUUCCAUUACUGCUAUUGAUGAACUGCAUGUUCACACGCUCAAACAUAAUGGAAGUGAAAUGGCUACUGCGAACUGUGCUUCUGGUGCUUUAGAUGCAUGUGAUCCGACUGAAUUUAGCAUAAUCUCAUUGGAGGAGAUUGAUAAGUGGGCUAGUCUGAAUGAUUCCGCGCAUAAUGAUGGAGGUGCUAGUGAAAAGCUUGCUAGCCUCCCUGAUAUAUCUGAAGCUGAGGCUCAAGCUCUUGAAAUGAACUCUGAUUAUUGCUACAACGAAUUGGUGAGGCUUGUGGAGUCAGGUGUAUCUACUGCUAACAGCCUGUCCCCUGGCUAUGUGAAUACUGAAUGUUUGAAUCCACCCAUGAUAUCUGGGUUUGGUGCUGUCGACGACUAUCUAGAGAUUAAUGAUCUCUUCCCUCCUGGGGAGACUGCCUCCCUCAAGCUGCCGGCACCAGAAAGUCAGUUUCGUCAGUAUCCUUUGGAGCAGUGGCCAUACAAUGACUUGAAUCGUCCUCAAUAUGACAAUGAGGGUGCUCCUGCAGCUUCUUUAGCAGCAUGCGACUUGCUUCCACCUAUUUCCUGCUCUAUGCAUGAUAAUAUUUCAGUUGAUGGUAAUACUUGCAGCACAAACCUUAUGUGGAGCGAUUGCUCGAACUGAACAGUGUGGUACCCCUUCUCAUGAACACUACACAACUACCUCAGAGGUAUGAGUUGCUGUCAAGUGUUAAAGCUUGUAUAUUGUGUUUUGUUGAUUAUACAUGGAUAAUUUGCUAUCGAGUUGGUACUUUGCAGUGAACUUAUAAUUUCUCCUAUUAUUACAACACUGCUGCUCUCCUGGACAAGCCAAAAUUCUCUGUAAAAAUGCAAUUAACCCUUCUGCCAUUUAUAGUAGGUGAAUCAAGUCGAAGUCUGAUCAAUCUUGCAAGAAUGUUGACCAAAGUCUUCUUAAUUUUGUCAAUGAAGUCUGCUUCUGGACUUCAUUGGUUCAUAAAAUUCAUACUUUCAUCAGCAAGGUGAAGCUAUGAAGAUAUCUUCCUAAUCAGAAACAAUCUCAAAUCUGGUGUUUAUCUUGCAAGAUCUUGCAGUUGCGAAGAUGCUCUGUCUGCUUUUGUGGUAGUCAGUCCACAACUAUCCCACGGCAUGUACUGGAAGUGCUUGACGUGUUUGCAACUCUUUACUAUCUCUGUUUAUUGUGCUGGAACUGCAUCUCGCAGAGCAAACUUGUAGCACAUAUAUAUUUUUUAAGUGUUUAUAUCAAGAUGAUCUAGUUUGCCUUA